AUGGAUGCCGCUUCUGUCAUGCCGACUCUGUUGGUGGCGCAUGGCCGGUACAACUGUCGACAACUCGAGGCCUCUUGCAUCGAUUACCUGGCGUCCGAUGCGGACGUGUACGCCUCCGUCAGAGCAACAGAUGAGUACAGGAAGCUAGAAGAGAGCUGCAACUCCUUGGUGGUAGAGGUCAUGGACAAAGUCUCCACACAAAGAUUAGCCGACAGCUCCUCCUCCUUCGACACUGCCAGAAACCCCAGACGGGCAAAGAAGAUGAGUGUUUCGACGUAUGAUGCGUCCAAGGUGGUCAGCGGCACACAUGAGAUGAGGAUUCCCAACUUUGGUGCUCUUUAUCGAAAAAAAAGAAGGACCUAUGGUGUUGGUAGAGAAAUACAGUCCAACACUUUCGAGAUCGAUGGUUAUGACUGGAAGCUGGUGGUAGACCCUGCCGGGAAGAAUCCGGAAAAUGAAGAGUGUGUCUAUGUGGCCGCUGAGUUGUUAACUGAUCCAGGAACUGCUGGUGUCAGGGCGUCGGUAUGUUUCCGGAUGGAUAGCCCUAAUGGGCAAGAUGAGCCAACCGAAGAAGACUAUAAGCAACACAUAUUUACAAGGUACGCACAGUCACAUGGGAAUGAUAUCAUCGCCACCAAGGACGCAGAGCAGCAUUUCCUAGCGCAUGAUGGCUCUCUAACCAUACGAUGCAGCAUCAUAGUCACCAACAACUCCUGCGUUGCUACUGGCACCCCCACAGCUUGUGGUGUCGGAGCGCCGCCGCCCAGCAUUGCUCGGCACCUCAAGGAGCUACUAGCCAACGAGAAGGGGUCGGAUGUGACAUUCCUUGUCGAAAACAGAGAGAUUCGAGCGCACAAGCUCCUCAUUGCUGUGAGGUCUCCCGUCCUAUAUGAGAUGGGGGUGGCCAACAAGGCACACCACUUUGUACCGGUCGCCGAUAUGAAGGCUGCGGUCUUUGAGGCCAUGCUGCACUUCAUCUACACCGGUGAGCUGCCACCUAUGGAACACUUAGCCCUUGCCACCAGUAGUGGCACCAAGGAUAUAUCCUUUGCUAUGAAAGAAAUAACCCUUGCUAGUAGUUUUUUGGUGGACGGUGGCUUGUUGAUUGUCGGAGACAUAAUGGCUGCGGCAUGCAGGUUCAGUCUUGACAAGAUGAAGGCCAAGUGCGAGACCUUGCUAGCGGGGUCCAUCAAGAAAGAGAACGCAGAGAGCAUGCUCACGCUGGCACGCCAGCACAGCUGCUCAAAGCUCGAGGAUUACUGCGCCCAGUUUCUCUUAUCGGGAUAUGUGACUCAUUACAGAGAACGGGCUGAACACGAUAUGCUAGAAAGGAUUCGCUCUUCUUUUUUCAUGUGA